AUGGGCACGCCCUCAUUCGCUGCUUUGAUUGCACAGCGUGCUGCCAAUUCAGACACUACCGAAGAAAACAGCUUUUUUUAUUCUUCCGCCCAGUGGACAGCCGACGGCACAACUCUCAUAGUCAGCUCAUCCGACAGCAAAGUCUCAGCUUUUGUCCUGUCAUCCAACCUCUUGGAAGCCGAUGCCGUUCAGACACUGCACCCCCAAGCUCGUAUCCAGCUACCAGAGCCCACACAAUGCAUUGUUUCCGCUCCGUACUUUUCGCUGUCCAAUCCGGCGACACAGACCUUUCUCGUCGGCAGCCGUGACCACCCGCUUCAUCUAUAUCAUGCUUUCCCCACGGGGUCAGAAAAGCCUGCGCCACUGUGCAUGUACAAGCUCAUGAGACAUGAAACGGAAGCCUACAUCACGCCAUCCUCAAUGCUUUGGCCAAGUCCAGGAACCCAUUUCUUCUGCGGCUCUGCAAACCGCAUAGACUACUUUGAUGCUUCGCGCCCUGGCUCCGACGGCCCUGUCCACACCCUUCACACCAUACCAUCCAAAAGACAUCUCUUGAAAGGCGGCGGCGUGGGGAUGAAGGGUACAGUCUCUGCACUGGCCGACUCACCCCUCGAUGCUCCCGGCGGCGGCAUUAUAGCUGCUGGCACCUGGACACGUUGGAUGGGUCUGUACGACAUGCUCCGCGUUGACAAGGCUGUUGCCAACUGGAGCAUCGCGGGCGCCGACAUGCAAGAAUUCGGCACGACAUUUGGGGGCCAAGGCAUUGUUCAAACACGGUGGAGUCCAUGCGGGAGAUAUCUUGUCAUCAACGAACGGCACGCGUCAGGCUUUCUCGUCUACGACAUUCGCGGCAACGGCAAGCUCCUAAGCGUUUUGGCCGGGCGCGACUGUCAGACACAGCAACGACUGACAUGCGAUACUUUCGGGAGCGCCAAGGAUGGCCCUGGAUUCGAGCUCUGGGCCGGUACCGAAUCCGGGUCAGUCAAGGUCUGGGACCAAGUUGGCUUGCACUACGGCGUUGUCGAGCCCAAAUGGGACUGGGAUGCACAUAAAGCGCCGAUAAGCAGCACCAUUGUCCACCCAAGUGGCUCUGUGGUUGCCACGUGCGCUGGUGCUUGGCGACACCCUUCAGACAGCGACGUUGACGGCACUCACGGUGGCUCGAACGGCGGCAAGGUCAAGACCAAGAUACUUGACGGUUCAGCCAUUAACCUGUGGUCUAUCACCAGUCAGCAAGAACCAGGAUAG